UCUUUUCCCACUUGAUCAUGUACUUGAUUCAUUUAAAUUAUAAAGUCAAACAAUUACUCUCAAUGAAUAUUAUAGACAAUUGUCAGCACAACACCAUAAAUCAUAUCAUAUAAAAACACCAAUAUCCUAUCCCAAUUUUCAAUCAACCAAGCAACCAUGUUACCUCUAACAUUAGCUAUAACUUCCAUACUCUUUCUAAUAUUCACUUUGAUUCUAUUUCAUCCAAAACACCAACAUAAUAAAAAACAUCCACCUGGUCCUAAACCUUUGCCAAUUAUUGGCAACCUCCACAUCCUAGGAAAACUCCCACAUCGUACCCUUCAAUCACUUGCCAAAAAACAUGGAUCAAUCAUGUCCUUAAAACUAGGAAAAAUUCCAACCAUUAUAGUUUCAUCCCCCAAAUCAGCUGAACAAUUCCUCAAAACCCAUGACAAUAUUUUUGCUAGUAGACCAAAACUUCAAGUCUCGGAACACAUGUUUUACGGCGGAAAAGGAUUGGGUUUAGCUCCAUAUGGUGCCUAUUGGCGCAAUAUGAAGAAACUUUGUACUUUGCAUCUUUUGAGUGGCUCGAAAGUUGAGAUGUUUGCACCUUUGAGAAGCGAGGAAGUGAGGAUGUUGUUGAAGUCCGUUGAGAAAGCUGUGACUUUAGGUGAAGUUGUGAAUCUCACUGAAAUGGUUGGUGAGGUUAUAGCGAAUAUUACUUAUAAGAUGGUUUUUGGAUAUAAUAAGGAUAGUGAUUUGGAUUUAAAGGGACUUAUUCGCGACGCAAUGAAUUUGGCUGGAACUUUUAAUUUGGCUGAUUUUUUGCCUUGGCUAACCAUAUUUGAUCUUCAGGGACUAACAAGUCGAAUGAAGAAAACAAGUAAGGCAUUUGACCAAAUAGUGGAGAAGAUAAUCAAUGAUCAUGAGCAUGACAUGAAAAAAGAUCCACACCAUAAGGAUUUUAUAGACAUAUUACUUUCAUUAAUGCAUCAAUCAAUGGAUCCUAAUGAUGAAGAACAAAACCAUGCCAUUGAUAGAACUAAUAUCAAAGCUAUUAUAUUAGAUAUGAUUGGUGGAGCAUUAGACUCAUCUUCAGCAACAAUUGAAUGGGCCAUGUCUGAACUUUUGAAGCAUCCAAAUGUGAUGAAAAAACUUCAAAAUGAGCUAGAAAAUGUGGUGGGUGUGAAUAGCAAUGUGAAGGAAAAUGACUUUGAAAAUUUACCUUAUCUUAAUAUGGUGAUAAAGGAGACAUUAAGAUUAUAUCCGGCUGGACCAUUGUUAGGACCUCGUGAGUGUCUAAAAGAUGUUACAAUCGAUGGUUACUACAUAAAGAAAAAUUCUAGGAUAAUAAUUAAUGCUUGGGCAUUAGGGAGAGAUCCUAAUGUUUGGACGAAUAAUUCUGACAUGUUUUAUCCAGAAAGAUUUGUGAAUAGUAAUGUAGAUCUUCGAGGACAUGAUUUUCAACUUAUACCAUUUGGAUAUGGUCGUAGAGGGUGUCCUGGAAUUCAAUUGGGCCUAAAUAUGGUUAGGCUUGUUGUGGCUCAAUUGGUACAUUGCUUUGAUUGGGAACUUCCAUUUGGUAUGUCUUCUAAUGACUUGGAUAUGACUGAGAAAUUUGGACUCUCAAUGCCAAGAUGUAACGACUUGCUCGCGGUGCCAACAACUCGAAGACAAAAGUUUGAUAUAUAGUUAAAAAAAAGACAUCAAAUUGAAAUGUAUCUAGUUUAUUUUUGUGUGACUUAAAAGUAUUAGUUUAUAAUAUCGCUAAAAUAAAAGUAUUAGUUCAUAACAACAUUCUCCUUUAUCUCAACCGAAGAGUCUGCAUCAACGAACUUUAGUCUUUUUUGUUUGGCUUUGAACUUGAAACGCAGCAACAAUCUUCCUCCAGCAGCGGAUGGAGAUGAUCGAGGGUAUUACAAUCCAAGGGACAUUUGCUCCAAUGAAGUAUGCAUAGUAGUAAAAUGAAUUUGUAGAAAAAUUAUCGCCUUCCAAAAUCGCUGUUAUAUAAUAUACAGCAAUUCCGUACAGCUGGCCCAAAGAAAUUGCAAAUU